AUGAUUUUUCUAUGUUUCAGCAACUGGAAAAUAAUUUUACCUUUCACACUUGCGAUUCUUCUGUUUUCCGCUGCUUUUUUCACUAAGAAGGAUAUUACCUUUGCAGUUAACAUUUGGAUCUUUCCGGGUAAGCAAUGUUUCCUUCUUUAAUUUCUAAAUGCCUUUGCUCUUCAGCGAACCUAGCCAUAAAAUAUAACACAAGGAAAAAUAUAUUCUUUAAUAAAACUUUAACGAGUUAUUUUUACCUAUCGCAAAGUAGAGCAAAACGCCCAAUAAUUCAAUUUGCCGACACCCAAGCUACCAGCUCUCUAAGCUAGAUUAUCGUCGUGUUUAUUAUAAUCACGUCAGACUUAACCCUUUUUAGUUAGCUGUAAAGCCGCAAUCAAGAGCAAAUCUUUUUUAGAGUUGAUCAUAUUUUAAUCCGAAGCCCGAACUUUCAUAAUUCCGAUUCUGACUUGUAACCAGGUCUUUCCAGGUAAUUUUUUCUCUCCGUUUUUGCAAGUGCUCAUUUUGGUAGGAAGCAGAGCUCUGUUUAGACUUUUUCUAUUUUAUCAAUGCAGGUUUUGCUGUGCUCAUUGUAUCCUUUGUGUGCUCAGAAGACCUGCAGAGAUGGAUUGCUCUAAGACAUCAAGGUACCUUAUUCCCAGACUCUCCUUCAAAUUGCCCUUCCAUUAAAGCUAAGAAAACGUUAAUAACAAUACGAACGAAACAACAAGAAAUGAUUACUGUAACAAAAUGGCAUUUUCGUUCCAUGAGGCUUCACUUUUAAAUAAUAAUUACUUUUAAAACAGUAUUUAAAAGAAAACAAAUAUAUGGAAAAAGAUAAUGAUUAUCAGGAGCCUACUUUUUUUUCAAAAAUUUUGUGAUUGUUUUAUUUUGAUUUCUUUCACAGAUUUUAUGAACAGCAAUCAUCCCUCAUAUAUUCCACUCGUGCCACCUGUUCCUCCACCUCCCCCACCCCCCCCUUUCUCCCCUCCCCCUCCUCCCUCAAAUACAAUUAAGAAGCACAAAUGGCACAAAAUUGACUGCAGGAAGCUUUCGUGGGAAACCCUGAGCCCAGAUCUUCUUAAUCAGGAUACAAUUUGGAAAAAGGUAGGUUAAAAGAGUAUUUUUUCUUCCUUACCUUGUAAGGUCUUGUAAUAAUGACAUAAUUUGUAAGAGAUUAGUUAGCUGCUUUAAUUUUUUGAAAUGUUUUUAGGUUGGAAAGAACUUGCCCUUGGAGGGCAUUUUUGAUUGUGAAGAUAUAAGAAGAGAAUUUUCAAUUAUGCCAUCUCAAGGUAGACAAAAUUAAUUGUCUUCUCUUGUUGAAUACCUCAAAAAAGACAUUUGAUAACUUGUAGCUUGCAGUCCGGAAAAAAAACCUCAACCACAAACUGGAAAAUUCAUCGCUGAUCAUAAGUUUCGUUCGUUUCCAAAACGGGUGAAGUAGUUUUAACUCCUUCGUCAAAUUAAAGCUUGGAUGACUGGUUAACCCCUGUAUUUCGGAUGAUAGCCAGCGCGCCGGAAUAAAAAUCGGGACCUUAAGAUCGAGGUUUGGCCGUCUUACGGCAAACGGCAAACCGCGGGUUUGUGGUUAGCGGUUUCACGUUAUCCGUCUGCCCAUAUUUAGGAAUUAAGAUUCGCGGGUGGUAGCUGGUGGCUGCCAUGUUUGUUUUAUUCAUUCUUUCACUCCGAUUUUAGCAGAGAAAUCGUCUUCAAAGUUACGUUUCUAUGAAACAUAGUUCAAUAAUUAAUUAGCGAAAGAGUUCUAAAAAGGAGUAUUUUCUCUCACACACGGGAUUGUGACGUUUUAUAGCGCAAAAAACCGAGGGGCACCCAACGAGGAUAUAGUUCAAAACCACUUAACAGAGCAUUGUUGAACGUAUUUUAGUAUUCAAACGGUAGAUAUAAGCAUAUUUUUAUCCUCUAAAAACUUUUCAUCUGUUAGGAUUUCCUAGCAGAAAGUUUAGUGAUCCGAAGAUUAUAGGGAUAAAAACUUACCUUCUCGAAAAUUUCAGCCAGGGAAAGGCUCCCGAAAAUUCUAGGUGGCCUUUUUUAGGGUCAAAAUCCGUUAAAAAUGGGUAAUUAUACCAUUUUGUAGAUGUUCGAAAAUCCUAGGAGAGGCAGGUAAGCAAGAAAUUUUACAACAAAUGCUCCGAAAAUUCUAGAUCUCAAAUCGUCUUCCGAACAGAUAUUUUCCCGAAAAUUGCCGUUGGGUGCCCCUGAAAACCUUGCGGUAAAUCACUUACCUCUGGAGCGUUAUCUAGCCGUACCAACGUGAACCUCAAACCCCAAACGUGACGGCAACGCACCAGUCACGUGACUUCUUGACGUUUGCUGUUCGCGGGAGAUGCCCAAAAACCUCGAUCUUAAAGGUCUCUAACGGCUUAUCCUCAACCUCGUCUCCAGGCUUUCCUUUAAAAAAAUGGAAAAAGCCCUGGUGAAGAGGUUAGCCUGUCCUUUCAAACAACCCCAUAAAUCAAAACGAAAAAAUCCUUUUGCAGCUGAUUCUCUUGUUCCCAAAUGUGCCAAAAAGCCUCAUAAAAUGCCACUUUUAAUGGGAUUUCAAUCAAAGCGUAAAAUUCAGAAAAUUUAAUGUCCUUAUUGCCCGAAAGGCGGAUGACACUAUCCACAGGAUGAAUCUCUAUCUAGUGGAUAUUGGACUUGGUUUCCCCAAAACUUAUCCACUGGAAAGAGAUUUAUCCCAUGGAUAGAGCUAUCCAACGUCUGAAAAACCGGGCCCUGAUCAUUAAUUAUAACAGAAAAAUUGUUUGUAAUGAAAAUAUUAACAGGUUACAAUUUAUGUUUACUGACAGGAUCUUUGAAAAAAGUCAAACGAGAAAGUGCUAUGAACGACAAAAAGAUUUUUAACAUUUGUAAGUAUGAUGACUACGAUUGCAAAAUGUCUUGGCGUAUCAAAAUGCAAAACAUAGGGAAAAAAUACGUCUAUCACCUUGAUAGAAAUAAGAAGUACGGUAUUUUAUUUUUCAAAGAAUAUUUUGAGUAAAAUCAUCAUGUUAGAAGAAAAUAAUCACUUACAGAGUUUGAAAUUCGGUCCCGCAUUGCUCUGUGUCUUAUAUGCCUGUUUUUCGUGACAGGUUUCUGCCUCCCUUAGAGCGUGUCUGAGUACUAAUUGAUCGAGGAAGUUCUAAUAUUUUGCUGUGUGUUGUUUCUAGCUAUCGUGAUGUCACAUCAUAAGUUGAAAACUGAAGACGUAGCUCAAUGUCUUAUAUCCGGGACCUCUAAUCUGACCUCUGACGUGCUCAGACAAUUGUUGGCAUUUGCGCCUGACGAUCGAGAGGUAACUAUGGCAACAAAAUAUUCCAAAGCCACUAGUUUCGCUGUCCCAGUAAAUUCAUAAGUCGAUUUAUUUCGAAAGUAAUCAUGCUCGCUCUUGGUCCUUACAAAAAGUGAACACUGAUUAAAUCACGUUAAGAAUUUUUGAUUUAGGCACUGAAUUUAUAAAUAUCUUUAUUCCACAAAGUAACGAAAGAGAAUCAAAUCAGGCUUCUGAAGUUGUUUAGUCUGAAAAAACAGCUGGCAUUUCACUUCGUCACCACUAAUUUCUGCGCGAAAUGAGCUCAGCAAUUCCAUACUAAUGACAUGUCACUUACCCAGAGCUGGGUAGUGCUCCCGAUUGGUCGCGCCGUGUGGGAAAUUUGCUUCAACCUAUAACAAACACUACCCAGAUCUAAGUAGUGACGCGUCAUCAUAUGGAAUUUCUGCGCAAACUUGUUCUCACUCUUGCCUGGGAACGAGGAUGAUUUCUGCGCUCUUUUCUCAGAAGACCUGCAGAGAUGGAUUGCUCUAAGACUCAGUUUUCUGCUGAAAUUAACUGCGAAUUGAACACUAAUUAAAAUUAUUGAGGGAAAAUAUAGGUGCUAAAGAAUCCUAAAUUGAACUAUUACCACUUUUAGAACAUGACUGCAUUUUGUUGUCUUACCAGGAAAAAGCGAUAAGAAAACAAGAGCGAGAGAACGAGCCUUUACUUGAGCCAGCUGAGCGCUUCUAUCUUGAGGUAAAAAUUUUUUCUUACUUCUUUCAAAGACAUUAAAUAAAAAGAGAUUGAGUAGUAUCUAUAAAGAGAUUGAAUAGUAUCUAUAAAUACGUGACGCCUGAUCUACGUCAAGUUAUACUUUCUUUUUCUUUCCGUUGGCAGAUUGCAGCCUCCGUUCCAUCCUAUAAGGAAAGAAUGAGAACUGUACUAUUGAAAUCUCAAUUUCAGGAAAGGAUCGCUCACAUUAAACCAGUAAGAUGUCAGUAAGAUAGGGAUUACUUUACAUUCAGUGAUGAACAGAAAGGGCACUUAACAGAAAAGAAAUGUUCAAUAUAUCUAUCAGACAGAACUGAGUGGUUCCCAAAAGUGGUUACUUAUUCAAUGUAAACGGAAACAGCGAUGAUAUUCCGUCAUGUAUUUUACAGUGAAAGGAAAUGUUAUCUUGAAAAUAAGAAUGCUGGUUUUGCUUGUUUGAAUUAGAAACUCGUUGGCGCAUGCGCCCACCUUGCGUUAUCCGAAAUCGCGAUUUUUCGAUAAUUUUUUCCUGGAUUCGCACAUAAGAGCACUCUAUUUGUCAGCCACUGUCUACUUCGGAGCCAAUUCGACAAGUUUAUUUGUAUUACAUUACAGUUUGCGAAUAUUGUAGCUAGAUUGACAGGUUGAAGGAGGUCCUUCUUUUUGAACAGCAAAGUAUAUUCCAGAAUUCAUUAACGUUUCACUGUGAAAGAGCGAAACAAAAUGAAGAGAGUGAUUGUGCAGUUUUUUCUAGAGAGGUAUAAAAGUUUAAAAUAGCAUUUUUGUGAUUUAUUUUUCAGUAUCUCCAGACAGUGAUAACAGCAAGUCAAGAGCUCAUGUCGAGUAAAAAGCUUACAACAUUUAUAGAGGUAUCACCUCGUAAAAAAGGCGAUCCCACAACCCCUUCUAAAGAGGAAAAAAUAAUUAAUAAUAAUAAUAAUGAUAAUGGUAAUUUGAUAAGGAGUGAAAGACGAUAAUUAUAAUAAAGCAAACUUACUCUCCUCACUAAGUUAACCAUCUACCCUGCUAUCAAUAUACAUUUUUUUAUGGCAGAAACUAAUCCAGCCCAAUUGAAAACUUAAGGGCUUUAGUUAACGGUAUUGAAAAUCUAAGCGCGUAUCUUUUAAAAGCUAAACAUUCGGCAAAACCUCUUAAUUAUCAAAAAAAAUUCUAUAUUUCUUUUCUCUAUAGCUGCUUUUGACCAUGGGAAAUAUCAUGAACGGUAGCGAAGCCUGUGCUUUUAAGAUAACAUUUGUUACAAAGGUAGGCAUUGAAGAAGAUUACUGUUAAUGAGAAAAAAGCCAUUUUCCAUUUUGAAUUAAUUAAGGUAGUGAUAAAAAGAGUUCUUCUGCGACGGAUUUGUUUGACUUCUUGAAAGCCAUGGUGACGCAAGACAGACUACUUACAAGAGAAUGACUGGCAAAAAAUAUUUCUUUCUUUUCAUAGCUGAUGGAUUAUAAAUCAUCCAUGAAUAAGAGGAUAUCAGUUCUGGAUUACCUCACUAAGGUCAUCAUUACCAAGUGUCCGCACAUUGCAGCGUUAGAAGAAGAUCUCAAACAUGUCCAACAAGCAUCACGAGGUAUAUCAUUUCACUGAUCUAGAUAUUCUCAUCUGGUAAAAUCCAAGUAGUGGCCUAUUAUCAGUGCUGCGUUCUGAUUGGUUGAGCUACUACUAGGCUAUAUGUUAUGGCCCACUAGUAGCGAAAAGUGCCGGCUUUGAAAACCAAAACAACGGUGGCUGAAUCGCGUUUUGCCAGCUAAACUUGUUUCGCCUUUGGCCUCACAGGCUAUUUCACUCAGAGCCCAUUAGGGCUCGAGAAAUAAUUGUUAAAUACAGUUUUUAGAUAUCCUCAUCUGAUGGUUUUAGAAAAUAAUUGGUUUUGUCUACUUUCGUUUUAGAAAAACAAUUGCUUAAUUUGAAUGACCCAAUAUUUUGUUGUUGUUUUUCUAUCGUUAGUUUGGUGGUUUGUUUUGUUUUGCUUGUUUGAGAGGAAGUGUUUCAACAUCCGAUUGUUUGGCUUUUGUUGUUUCUGUUUUUUAGUUCCACUCAAGUCGCUGGACAAAGAGAUAACCGAGCUAACGGCAGAGAUCGAGGUGAGAAAAAUUUUAACCGGUACGUAACGAGUGUAAUUUAAGUUGAUUCAUUAACACUCAUACAGACCACAUUUUUUGAACUGUUUUUUUUUUGGCAGGUUCUAGAAGAGGAUGUCGAGAAAAUAAAUAAUGAAUGCAUUAAAGAAGACGAGGAUGCUUUUCGUACGAGCAUUGAAGUAUCCUUAGUUUCGUCAUGAAAUCUAACUCACAUUUUAUUUGUUUCAAGUGAUGUCCACCAAUAUGGAAUCAUAAUUUUCAGUGAAAGUAAUAUGAUGGAUUAGGGAUGAGUGCAAACAAAGUGGCAUGGAGUAUUCCUGAAUAAUUAACGGGCUGCGGGGUAGAGCUGUACACUUUUUUUAAACACAGUUCGCUGUAUAUGACUUUUUUUUAUUAAUUGACAUCAAUAUUACCGUCAUGGACACCAAACCUACUAUCAUCAACGUUUUGUCAAGACAGAUUUCGCUUCAGCAAGGAAAGUGAAAGGCACGCUCUAUAUCGUUGUUGAAUGUCUUGACAUUUUUUCUAGAUCAGAACUAGAUUCUCUGUCCACGUAACCCUCCUGAAACCCGUCGUUAACACCAACUUCUUAUUCGGACAACGUACGGCGUCAGGGGAGGGGUGGGUUGUCAGUUAUCCAGAAACCACUGAUCAUAGCGUCCUACCAGCCCCACCCCCAGUUAUAUUCUUUUCCUUUCUUUAUUCGACCGGGUGGCCCUCCUUUAGGAAAGAGAGGGCGAUCGGAAACGCCGGAGUACAUAUUAAAAAGGAGGUUAAAGAAAAAAACAGAACUCUGAGCUUCAUCAAAUAUCCUUGACAAUUGGCUAACAGCUAUUUACCGUCACUGCAAAGGAAGAACUUAAUGAUGUUUUAUUGCUGCGAAAAGCCGUGAAAAGAGAAUUUCACCUCUUGGUUCAGUACUUUGGCGAGGAAUCUAUCAAGCCGGAAGAACUGUUUGGAAUUUUUGCCACUUUGUUGCGACAAUUUGAGGUAAUUGGUGGCGACAGCCGAAUUAUUAUUACUACACGAGAGUGCGUGCAGUUGGCAACACAAUGUUGGCUAAACACUUUUUCGUAUCCGGUUUAAGGGCCUGUUUACAUGGAGUGGGGGACCCCGGUCUAGUGGGGUUGGUUUCUUUUGUUUUCAUGCUCUGUGGGACACAAAACAAAAGAAACCUACCCCACUAGACCGGGCUCCCCCACUCCAUGUAAACAGGGUCUAAGUCUUUUUGUAAUGAUUACACGAAUUAUCCACACCGCGAUAAGCUUCCUGGCUUCUGUCAGGCUUCUAUUUGUAGUUUCUUAGUGCUGCGGAUGGGCGCAAUCACUAAAUGACGUGAUACAAACUGAGGCUAAAAGCCGACACUGAACAAUACUGCACAACAAUACAAAACUUAACUUAUCACAAAAAGAAACACUCUGAGGCAUACAAGUUUUCAAGGUAAUAAAAACUCUGAUUGCUUUUUUUAGCGUUUUGUCAACACAAAAUUGCUCUAGGCUGAUAGAAACUGGACUAUAAACCUCUGGACUGUAGCAGAUCAUAUACCGGUAAAAAGAGAUAAAUUUAUACCUAACUGUAUCAGACGAUAAAUAACAGUGCACAAUCUCCUCCUUCUAGGAUGUUAUGAAGACCUACAAGUAAAAGAGUCGAAGCUGAACAAAGUUUUCAAAGAAUUUAAAUGACGUGCCUCGCAGAAAAGGGGUUAUGUAUUUAUUUUGCAGUUAGACUUCGAGAGUAGUCUCUCUUUUGCACCGUUUUAUGAAUUAAGUGUAAAUAUAUUUAAAAAGUUGAAAGCUCUUUUUCAUUUGUACUAAUUUCUUAGUCAGGACCAAUGAUUGUUCUUAAAACUGCAAUAAGUUGUUAGUAUGACCAGAAGUUUUUUUGGUAAACAAACACAGUGAGAGACAUAAAAAAAAGAGAAAGAAAGACAUGUAAACUAAAGGAAAGAAAUAAUAGUAAAAAACUGAAAGUUUAUUUAAGGAACGACAAAGACAAAAUGGUAGACAAGUCUUGAGUUCAUUAUAUACAUGAACUGCAUGUGAAUAAAUAAAAUGCGAUGAACGGUAACCUUGUCAACAAUUUUUUUCUCAGGGCAGAGGCGAUGACUAAUAUUAAUAUGGAAAAGUGCGAAAGCGAAAAAGGAAAAAUCCAACCGACCCUGCGAUUGCUUAGUUCAGCAAAGACAAUUAGACAUAUUUUUUUUUCGCCUUGCAUGCACGAGAAACACAGAGCCACGCUGGCUUCAGGCUGGCAAUUAAGGCUGGCGCUAAUUUAAUCUUUCCCGCCAAAAUAGUGUCAAUAGUUGUGACACCACUGGAACGGCGAUUGGUUAGUUUAAAACAAAGAAUGAGAAACUAGCCAAUGAGAAUCAUUUGUUCAUUGUUACACGUUUCAACACCCAAAAGUUGAAAAACAACGCUUUCGAACGCUUUUUGAGGUUGCGAUACGCCCGUGCAAACUUGACAAUUUUUUAUUGCAUAUUUUACAUGCAUUAAUAUUGAGGAGCUAUAUAAGCUCCUGGCAAAUAAAUAAGAAAGUCACAACACCAAGAGCUGUACAAGCACUCCGCCAGGAAAGAAGCUUCAAGAACUUACGACUUAAGCCAUGGCUCGUACCAAACAAACAGCUCGAAAAUCAACCGGUGGAAAAGCUCCUCGCAAACAGCUUGCAACAAAAGCAGCGCGCAAGAGUGCACCGGCAACUGGUGGAGUAAAGAAACCUCACCGCUACCGGCCAGGUACUGUCGCCUUGAGAGAAAUUCGCCGCUACCAAAAGUCAACAGAGUUGCUUAUCCGCAAGCUUCCCUUCCAGCGACUCAUUCGAGAAAUAGCACAAGAUUUCAAGACCGACUUGCGUUUUCAGAGUUCAGCCGUGCUGGCUUUGCAAGAAGCAGCUGAAGCGUACCUCGUGGGACUGUUUGAGGAUACGAAUCUCUGUGCCAUCCACGCCAAGCGUGUAACGAUCAUGCCUAAGGACAUUCAGCUCGCCCGGAGAAUCCGAGGAGAGCGCGCUUAA